AUCUUGCAUUUCGCUUUUACAGCUGUAAUUCCCGCGCAUCUUACAACUGUUGCUCUCUCUCUCUCUCCGACACACACACACACACACACACACACACCAAGAAUCAAUCAACAAUAGUGUAGUCUCUCAAUUUCAAUAAUAAACCCUUUUCUUUACCUUUUACUUGGUCUUCAAACUCAAAGCCCACAAUCCAACUCUUCUGCCACACUCCUCUCCCUCUCUCUCUCACACGUUCUAUUGCUUCUCUGUUUCUAACUUCCAUGGUUCUCUUUGACUUGAUCCGCCCCGUAUGAUUGCUUACUCGGAAUCCCUGUUUGGACCCACCAAUUUGUCCCCUAAACCCAUCUCGAAUCCCCACUUUUCUGGUUCUAUCCUCUGUUUUAAUCUAGGGUUUGGAAAGAAACAGGGGUUGGAACAGAGUAAGAAGCUGUUGCUGUUGGAUCACAAGGUUGAGAAGAAGAUGGAACUGAUUCGGAAAUUGACUAGAGGGAGCUUUAUGGAUCGGAGGAGGAUGGGCCAGAAGGUGGAGGUUGAGUCUGUCAAUGGUGGUGAAGAUGUUUUCGAUGCUGUGUCCGUCGAUGCCAAGGUUCAACCAGAGCAUCUUGUAAUCAUGGUUAAUGGAAUGGUUGGGAGUUCUGCUGAUUGGAGGUAUGCUGCUGAGCAGUUUUUGAAGAGGCUUCCUGAUAAAGUUAUUGUUCACCGUAGUGAGUGCAAUUCUUCGAAACUGACUUUUGAUGGGGUAGACCUGAUGGGUGAGAGGCUAGCUAGAGAGGUGUUAGAUGUUGUUGAACAUUGGCCUGAGGUGCACAAGAUCUCCUUUGUUGCGCACUCUCUGGGUGGCCUUGUUGCUAGGUAUGCUAUUGGGAGGCUGUAUGACCUUUCUCCUAAAAUGGAAACCUUGGGUCUUUCUGCUAAGGGCUCAAAUGGAGAGCAUUUAAAUGAUUCAACACAAUACCUUGAGCAACAGUUUGAAGCUAGAGUUGCUGGAUUGGAACCCAUGAAUUUUAUAACAUUUGCAACCCCACAUCUUGGUUCAAGGGGACAUAAACAGCUCCCCUUUCUCUGUGGUCUUCCAUUUCUGGAGAGAAGAGCCCCUCAAACUGCACACUGGGUUGCUGGGAGGUCUGGGAAGCAUCUUUUCCUCACUGACAAUGAUGACAGGAAGCCUCCCCUUCUCCUUAGGAUGGUUAAUGACUCUGAUGACCUUAAAUUCAUGUCAGCUUUACGCUCUUUUAAGCCAGAAUGA